AUGGUAAUACAUCAAACCAAAUUCAUCAAACAGUUACUCAAAGAUUAUCAUUUGGAUGAUGUUUCUCCAGUUUCAAGUCCUCUUCCUUCUCAACCAAAGUUACUUCAUAAAAUGGACAAUCCUCUUUUAGAUGCAACUAUUUACAGACAGCUCAUUGGAAAAUUGAAUUUAUUAUUGCAUACUCGUCCUGAUUUGGCUUUUUCUGUACAACACCUAAGUCAAUUUAAUCAAACACCUUCUGAAGAUCAUUAUUCUGCUGCAAUUCAUGUUCUAAGAUACAUCAAAGGAACUCUUUCACAAGCUUUAUACUUCAAUGAUUCAAAGGAUUUCCACUUGGAAGCUUUCUGUGAUUCGGAUUGGGCGGCAUGUCCAAUUACUCGAAAAUCAGUUAGUGGUUACUACAUUUUAUUUGGUGGAUCUCCAACCUCAUGGAAAUCCAAGAAACAAUCAACCAUUUUCUUAUCAUCUGCAGAAGCCGAGUAUCGUUCAAUGCAAAGGGUUACUGCUGAACUUUCAUGGCUAAGUCGUCUUCUUGAUGAAUUAGGAAUUGAAGAAAUUACUCCUAUACCCCUUAAAUGUGACAACAUGGCAGUAAUAUACAUUGCUUCAAAUCCGCUUGUAGUCAGUAUUGAUUCAGCUGAAGAAAUACGAACAGAAAAUCAUGAAUCUCUCUCUCUCUCUCUCUCUCAAUUUUACUUUCUCUCAUCUCUAACAGAAAUUGGAGAAGAAGAGGGAAUUGGAGAAAAAGAUGAUGAAGAAUCAUUGUUUAAAGAAUUUUCCCCACCACCUCAUGAAUUUUACCGAAUCUAG